GCUUCAACCGGCUCAUGAGACUGACCCUCUUCACAUCAGGCAAACUGUAAAUAACGUGGUACCCCGGCCACUUCUUGGACUCGUACUUCUUCGAUGCAUUCUGAUGGGGAACGAACUGGGAAGAGACGACUGGUGAACGAAGAAAGCUGCUGCUGAGGGAUGUCAGCCUCCGGCAAUUGUUCGCCAACAGUGACAUUGUGUUCUCCCUUAUUGUUAUUGUUAACACCUGUUAUUGUUGACUUGUUGUUCCCCUCCGAUCAGAACUCACCCCCUUCACUUUUAUUUUCGCGAGGGGAGUAAGUGAGCGAGACGUCCGCUAGAGGCGUUGGCUCUUUUUUAUUCUCGGACAGCAUGUUUUUGAGAGGAGCACGUGCUUCGCUCCGAAACAUCACAAUUGACAAUCGUUGGAGAACAAAUUGAAUUGACGAGAUCAGGGGAUUGUGUCAACAUGAGCAGUUCGGCGAGUAUCAAGGACACAUUCGAAGUGGAAACCAAACAUGGGCCCUUUUACACAGGGGGGAAUGUUCAGUGGAGUGCAGACGGCGAGCACCUCCUCUGUCAGAACGGCGCCUCCGUAUCGGUCCUCUCCCUCUCAAAAGGCUCGGUGAUAGCCACCCUAGGGCCCCCGACCCCCGAAGAGGACACAAUCAACACAUUCACCCUCAGCCCCAUCUCCGACACUGUGAUAACCCACCACAAGAGCGGCCUCUUCAAGCUCUUCUCCUGGAGCGACCCAGCCCCGAAGAAGCUCUGGAAGUCCAUCCACAAGGGGCCAGUCCCCCAGAUCGCGCUCGCCCCGGACGACCGUCUCAUGGCCUCCGGGGGCAGCGACUCCAGCGUGCGCCUCUGGGACCUCCACCACCACGCGUGCACGCACAAUCUGAAGGGCCUCCAGGGGGUCGUGAGUGUCCUGAAGUUCCACCCGGAGCCUUCCAGAAACCUCGUCCUGGCCGCCGGGGACGACACGAAAAUCUACUGCUGGGACACCACCACUGGAGCCCUCAAGAAGAUCCUCGCGGGUCACUUCAGCCGCAUCACCUCCCUGUCGUUCCACGCCGACACCACCCACCUGGUAUCAUCAGGUCGCGACAAAGUCCUGAUCCUCUGGGACCUGGACAAGGGCGUCUCCCUGCGGACGCUCCCGGUCUACGAGUCGAUCGAAGGGCUCUUCAUAAUGCCCCCCGCCUCGCCCUUCCCCGCCCAAAAAACCCCCGCAAGCGACGACGAGAUCCUCGUCAGCGCCGGUGGGGAGAAGGGCGCGAUAAGGAUCUGGGAGAUGCGAUCAGGUCGCGAGGUCUACGCCCAAGAGCGCCCGCUAGUCCAGCCCUCCCAGGAAGCCGGUGGUCUCGCAGUGACGCAUCUCCUCCUCAACAGCCCCUCAAACACCUUCGCAGUGGUCUCAGUGGACCACAACAUAAUCCUCCACUCGCUAACCGAUUUCUCCUGCAAAAAACAAUUCGUCGGUUACACCGACGAGAUCCUGGACAUUGUCCACGUGGGCGACGGCGAGAGUCACCUGGCAGUUGCCACCAACAGCUGCGACAUAAAGCUCUACGAUCUCUCGACCAUGAGCUGUCAGUUGCUGAGAGGUCACACCGAUCUCGUGCUGUCGCUCUGCGUCACCCAAGCGAAUCGAAGUCUCAUGGUCUCCUCGGCCAAGGACAACAGCGUGAGAGUCUGGCUGAUGUCCCCCGAGGACCUCUCAAUGGUCCCAAUCGCCUCGGGCAUUCGUCACACCGCCUCCGUCGGCUCGGUCGCACUCUCCCAGGCGUCCGCCAGGUUCUUCGUCUCCGCCAGUCAGGAUCAGUGCCUGAAAUUAUGGGAACUCCCGGAGAAGAUGUCGCCCAGGGACUCGGGGACUCUCAACGCUGCCCACACGGUUCUUGCGCAUGAGAAGGACAUCAACUGCGUUGUCGUCUCGCCGAAUGACAAGCUGAUUGCCACAGGAUCGCAGGACAAAACUGCCAAGAUCUGGGGUGCCGAGGGCCUCCAGCUCCUGGGGAUUCUCAGGGGCCACAGGAGGGGCGUCUGGUGCGUCAGGUUUUCCCCGAUUGAUCAGGUCCUCCUCACGACUUCCGCCGAUUGCACGAUGAAACUCUGGUCUCUCGCCGAGCUCAACUGUCUCAAGACCUUCGAGGGACACGAGUCGUCGGUUUUACGAGCGGAAUUUAUAUCCCGGGGAAUGCAAUUGGUUACUUCUGGGGCCGAUGGUUUGCUGAAGAUCUGGAGUGUCAAGACCUCGGAGUGCACCGGCACCUUUGAGCAGCACGAGAGCAGAGUUUGGGCUCUGGCGGUCAGCCAGGACGAGAGGAGGGUCAUCUCCGGGGGGUCAGACUCGAUUAUCGUCGUGUGGAGGGACGUCACGGAGGAGAAGAGGCUGAGGGCUGUUGCUGAGCGCGAGGAGAUGAUCCUCGAGGAGCAGAAAUUGGCGAAUCUGCUCAAGGGGGAGCAGCUCGUGGCGGCGCUCAAGCUCGCGCUGAGACUGCAGAAGCCUCACAAGGUACUCAAAAUUGUGGAGGAUAUCCUGAGGAAGGGGGAGGGGGGGCUCGGGGGGGCAGUGGGCGAACUCAAGACGAGGGAGAAGGAGGAACUGCUGAGGUCCGCGGUCGGGUGGAAUACCAAUAGCAGAAAUUGCCAGGCUGCUCAGCUCGUGAUAAACGCAUUGUUAAAUGACCCUGAAAGCAGUGAUCUAGAAACGAGUGAAUUGUCAUCGUCUCUGGAGGCACUGAUUCCCUACACCGACAGGCAUUUCAAAAGAGUCACAAGAUUACUGCAGGAUCUACACUUCUUGAAUUACACUGUCAAUUACAUAAAGCCUCACAACACCUCCGAAUUCCCUGAAUGAGUGUAAAAAUGAAAUAAAAAUCAAUCAAGCCUCA